CUGACUUACAGGAUCGCUCAACGUUUCCCCACAGCCCACGUGUCUCAUUAGUGAAGGGAUGUGAGAGAACGAGCGCGUUGUUGUUGAACAUGUUCGGCUACCGUCAGUUAUCGCUCUCUAUAGUUGUGUAAUGACUCAUUAACGCUACUCACUCUAUUUAUUGGGUUUUAUGGAUCGACAAAGUUAAGACCGCAUAGGCAUAGCUUCUUCAUUUUACUUAGCGAUUCACAAUAGGAAAGAGGAUGUUUACUUGUGGACCUGUUACUACUGGUCCAACUGUUAAUAUCACCUACUUGUUGGAGUAAGACAUGUGGUGAGCACUCUCUCAUGGAUCUAGGAGUACUUCUGGGCACCAUGGUAGAUGUAGAGAUCCUCAUGACCGUGUGUCACCUCUGUGUGGCUUUCGAAUUAGGAAUUGCUCAAGAAGAUAGAGUGAUCGACGAAACACCACUGACGGUCAAGGUCAUUUCGGGUUCCACCGCCAUCUUGCCAUGCUCUGUGGACCCCAAAUACACAGAAGGCUAUGCUGACCAGUAUAGUGUACUGUGGCAGAAUCCCAUACAGACGGUCAUAAGUGUGAAGGACAGAAGGGUUUUAACAGACAUGCGCAUUAGUGUUGAAAGGCCAUUUGUCAGUGACUGGAACCUCCACAUCAGGAAUGUGUCCGUGACGGACAGUGGGGAAUACAAGUGUCAAAUAAACACAGAUCCAGUCAGAUCUAAAAGGGUGAAACUUGUUGUUCAAGUUCCUCCAAAUAUAAUUGAUUAUUCUGAUUCUGAUGAUGUGAAAGCAAGAACUGGUGAUAGCGUUGAGUUGAUGUGUAACGCCACCGGCAUACCGACUCCUACCAUCACCUGGUACAGGCUCAAUGUCUGGAGCAGCAAAAAGAAGGAAAAAGUAGGUCACGAAGGGCAAGUCCUUCUGAUUCGCAAUAUAUCGCGUGUGUGUGCCGACACCUAUGAAUGUGUGGCGAACAACACAGUGCCCCCUGCCAGAACGAGACAGAUAAAAGUUACAGUCCAGUAUCCACCUGAAAUACAUCUAUUUACGCCACGGAUCGGACAACAAUUGCGGAGAGAAACGAUACUGGAAUGUAGGAUCACCGCCUCUCCCCUCGGAGUGACUAUGUGGAAGAAGAAUGGAGAACAACUGCAUCCCAAUUUCAAGCACGAACUCGAUGUAUACAACGAAGGCCCACAAACAAUUACACUGAGCUUGAGGAUAGUAAAUAUUCAGAAGUACGACUUCGGGGACUAUGUAUGCGAGGCCUCCAACAGCAUGGGGAGUGCCUCAGAAGUCAUGGAGCUCUACGAAAGCUUCCCCGUCACGACGACGACAACGCCACCUACAACUACACAACUGAUCAGACAAACAAUUUUCUUCGGCGGUAACGGUUUGAAAGAACACCCCAUGGAGUGGCCUAAAGUUGAUAAUCGACCCAAAAGUGGAAAGAAAACACCCAAGGGUGGAACCACCGUCAAGAAGAAUCCCACAGGUGCUAGUCUUACGGGGGUAUACGGCACGGGUUCAGUAAAGUACGACAAUCAAGCAGGGAUACCAAACAUUCCAACAACAGUUCUUGUUCUGUGUGUGAUGUACUCAAUAACACUUGUGCAAGCAAUGAACACGUUGUGACAUGUGAGCAAUCAUAUGAGGAGUAUGUAUCUCAUGCAUUGGUUC